AUGGAGGCUAAUCAUUUUUUGGUGAUUGAAUCGCUUGUCCUUCUUUUUCUCUACAGUCUUGUGAAAUCACAUCCUGAUCAAUGUGACGCAUCCUUAUUUGCUGGAGUGCGUUCGAAGAACGCAAGAAGAAAACGAUCAAUCGAGUCCAGAUAUACUGAUAACCAAUUGCAAUGCCUUGCACGUAUUUUAAGCCUUGUUAACAGCAUAUGUAUACUGAGAAACGGGGCCGUAACGAGUAAAGCGACCUGUACGGAGCGUGAUCUUUACUACUGCAACCCCCCACUCUUCGCACCUCAAGGCCAGCGCGGCGUGCAUCGAUGCCUGCAACGGCUUGCGGUCUGGAUGCGGAUUGCCGCGUCGUGUUUGAAACCCCACGAUACGCUCCCACAACCACACCAAGGCGCGGCCUAUCGGUUUAUCUUCACGAGCCCGCAGGCGGCUCUGGAGCGAUUCCUCACGAGCGAGAAUCACCCUCGGCCGUACACCCGAGAGGCUCUUGGCGUUGUGGCGGCCCCAAAGAGCCUUCUUGUGGGUCCUCUUUGCAUGAUGCUUGAUCAUCGAUCAGGCAAAGAGGCCGCGGGCGGGUCGUCGGUUCAGGUGUGUUGCGAUGGCAAUGGCGUGUUUCUCACCGCGGAAAUGGGCCUUCACAGUAGCGGUUUUACAAUAGACGACGGGGGCCGUGAGGUGGUCCUUGUUUUCGUGGAAAAGGAAAGCACCUUACGUACGCUUUUACACGAGAUUCAGGAGCCCAAACGGGGCCUCCAUGGUGAUGGUGGCAGCCGAGAAGGCGACGUGCGACCGAUGAUGCGUUCCUAUGUGAUGUUGUGCACGAGGGGGUAUCCUUGCGUGGCUUCUCGUCUGUUCAUGCGUCGUUUGUGUGCAGAGCUUCCACGGCUCCCACUCCUUGCUUUGGUCGACGGGGAUCCGCAUGGCUUGCGGAUCUUGCUAACCAUGUUAGAGGGCGGUCCAUCCAGCGCUGGAUGGAUCCAGAAAGUAACCGAGAACAGUGAUCAAAUGACCUCUUCUCACGAAACGGAGAACAGGAUCGCGCUGUUGCCUUUUCAGUGGGUGGGGUUGAGGCUCUCGAGGAUGUCCACGCCGCAGCUUUCGAGUGCUUCACUGAUGCCGUUGUCCGUUUCCGACGCGGGCGUGCUGCGGCAACUCGAGCAACGUAUCUCUGGUCACCUAGCGGGAAAAGCGUUUAUCCAUCCUUGUGUGAGGGCCACGCUGUAUGACAUGCGGAAGGAAAUUCAAUGGAUGUGGCGAACCCAUCUGAAGGCUGAGUUACAGGCUUGCACGGACGGACCGCUUUCAUUGCUUGAAGGAUUUCCGCUCUGCAUGCAGGUGUGA